GAUCCCCUGGUUUCUAGCAAUUUUUUGUUCACCUUGUGAAUGGAAACUAAAUGAAAACAAACGAAAGGUAGCAACAUCCCUGUCCAUCCAAUUUUUCAUCGUCCAAUUUGUCUAAUUUGACAAAUUUAAAAUGAGAUGUACUAGGAAAUUCAUGGUAUUGAAUGCUUCUUAUCUACAAACAGUUAUCUCUCGGGGAAAUCCUUUACAUUUAAUUUAUCCAAAUAUCAUUUAACAUGUACGACAUUAAAAAUCAAAUGGAUAGCGGAAACAACGACGAAGUAGUCGAAGUAGAAGAAAACCAAGAAGAAAAAGAAAAAUUAGAAAAUAGACGGAAAUUUCGAAGAAAAUCGAUGAUUUAUCAUUCGAUAUCGUUGAUAGUGUUGCACGCUUUGGAAGCAAUAUUUUUGAUCAUUCUUCUGCCAGUGAUAAUCUGGCAAUGGGUUUCUGUCAAUCAUCGUUUAAAGAUUAUCCUGAAAACCGUAGUAGAAGUCACGCUCGAACUGGUUAUGUGGGUGAUCUUCGCUGGAGUGUCUGUUCUUAUGACCACGACAUUCGUUUUAGAAGACAUUUACUAUGGACAAAACGACUAUGAGAAGCUCAAACAAUUAAUAAAUACGCGAGGCGAGCCCACACGGAGCAGUAACGAAAUGCCGAAUUUUUUUAAAAAGCAGAGCGAACUGAAACUUCCAGAAAACUGACAUCGAUAUUUCUUAUAAUAGCUUUCUUUUUUUACCUUUCUGUUUUUCUAUUUUCACUAUAUCUUUUUAUAGUACUCUGUAUUCUGUAUAUUUUCAAUGUAUCCUAUACUGUAUGUUUAUUUGUUUUUAAGGCGCUUUUUCUAGUACAAGUUUUUUAUGACUGAUCUUUCAAGGAAAAUACAGUUCCUUAUUCGUAAAAUUAUAAGUUGUAAAGUCGUAACAUUGUAAAAUAGUCAGUUUUUGCUAGUGGAAAUAGCUUCAAUAAUUUGAUUAGUAUCCAAACGAGGCAACAGAAUUAAUAUCUAUAUAAAUAAAUAAAUAUGUUGCUACUACUUAAACUAAAUACAUAUAUAUAAACUUAAUAUAUAUAUCUAAAAAGAAAAAUUUUUAAUGCAAAAGUUCACAGAAUGUGUUAAUUACACUACUUAAAAAUAUACAAAAAUACACAAAAAAUAAUACUUGUCAUAAUAUUUAAUAAGUGGCAUAUAGAUGAUAAACUUUUUCCGGCGAUCCAUUUCUAUAAACUAUGUUCAUAGAAAUAUAAAUCCGCAUAAACGCCAAUAAUAAAAGAUAACUACAAAAUUUCUUCUAAACAGACGAUUCUUCGACAAAUAUUGAAGAUUCUUCGAUCAAUGGUUCCUCUGACGUUAACACAGGACUUCCUGGCGAAUCUUUGUAAAUCACAGGAAUUUCCACAUUUUCGUGAAACCAGUCUUUAUCAGA